AUGAGCUGCCAAAGAUGUUUCGCGCCAAUUCUCCAUUACCAGCCAUCGCUCUUGACGAAGUGUGUGCGCCUCGAAUGUCAAGCGUGUGCCACGAAGCGUCGCGGAUUGCUUUGUCAGUUGUGCAACGUUCCCCACGGCCCACCCACGAUCUACGACGGUUAUUCGGACAUCACGCAAAUGCUCGCCGCCUACCAGGACUACCCCGGGCUGCUUCGGUUGAGCCGCGGAUGGGUGAUCGUCGGACCGCUCGUGCCGUUCGGCUGUCCGGAUUGCAAUCGGGUGUUCGGGCCCGAGCCACACACGAUCUACUGGCAAAUCAUUCGCCAUCAACAGCCAACACGGUGCUUCAGGCCCGCGGCUAAGGGUGUUGAGUGCGUACAGGCCUACUGCUGCCGCGAACGACCCAUGACGACAUGGAUUCAGUGUGAUUCGACGAUUCUGCCGGCUGAUACGUGCGUCAAAACCGAGACAAACAUCAUCACCCAAUUCAACGACGUUGUUGCGCAUAAAAUGGUCAUCCUGGAAAUGAUGCAGAAAAAGGUGAAGAUGAGGGCGAGCUGUGCAAGAUGCCGAGAACGAUUUGGCAAUGGCUUGGUCAUCCUCGGCGGCAACAUGGCAAUGUGUAAAAAGUGCGACGAGGAGGUGGAGGCUAACGAAAAAUGCGUCAAUUGCUCUGAGUUGCCAGCCGAACACCGUCUCCGAUGCGAAGAAAUCCCGGGGCGCCGGUUGCGCGAGGAGAUCUACGCCGCGCAGAGGUUGGACGUUAAAGCGCAGGCUCUGGCGCUGCUCAACGACCCGCUGGAGGCGUGUUCUGGAUGCGAAGCCAGAAUCCUGAUCCCCCUGAUGUUCUCAUGCUACGACUGUCAGGGUGCAGUCUUUUGCGCUGUGUGCUCCGUGCGCUCGCAUAAAACGCAUAAGCUGUUGGAUUUUGGUGCGAAGAAGCUUACGGAACUUGAGGCUCAGAAUACCGAUGACCUAACGAAACGCCAGACUCGGAUCGUAUCAAAUUUCUAUGAUGUUCACCGCCUGCUUGCGGACAAUAUGUACAAAUUUUUCGUUGAAACGGAGCAGUAUCUGAAGUUGAUCAGCCAGCAGCACGUCUAUGAAAAUGGUGCCGCGAUCGGCGAAGUCCUUUGUCAGAAGGCCCACGCGUUGGAGAAGCAUUUUGAGGAAUAUUUGCCUAAUGCACGCCUCUGCGGUGAGCAGUUGCUGGAUCUCGCUGACGAUAGACGUGCCCUGCUGCGUGGCAUCAGCCCGGGGAUUUCGAAAUUG